AUCGCUCGCACGGCUCCUGUAGCCGACCACUUGCAAUUUUCAUGGGGUGGCGCUUGUCUGCGCUCUCGGUGCGAGUCGUGCUCACGCGCAAUGCGUUAAUCGUCUUAUUAUAGCGGACCGUACAGGAAGUCAACCUGAAAUUGGUCUAAAUGCCGCUCAUUUCGAACGCUAUUACCAUAAACCUCCAGUGAGUGCCGGGGACCAUAAGCGAGACUCCGAGGCUGUCUCUAUGGGUCUUCAAUGGAUGCAUUCAGCAUUCCCUUUAAUCCAGAUAAUAGCGACUUUUCGACUGACCCUGAGCCCGCUGCGGCACUCCGACCCUCGAGUCUUAACCCCGCUGUCUCUCGUUACUGGACGGCAGUAUUUGACUACGAUGCUACUGCAGACGAUGAGCUCAGCUUGCGCCGGGGAGAUGUGGUGGAGGUGUUAUCCAGGGACUCGAUGGUGUCGGGGGACGAGGGAUGGUGGACUGGGAAGAUCGAGGAGCGCGUCGGCAUAUUCCCAAGUAGCUACGUGUGCUUUGGCCGAGACGCAUUGAGGGCCAGGAGGGCCGAGCAACCUCCCCUGCACCUCUUGGAAAUUGAUUUUACUGAGCUGGUGCUGGAAGAGAUUAUUGGAGUUGGUGGUUUUGGAAAAGUGUAUAGGGCUGUCUGGCGUGGUGAGGAAGUGGCAGUCAAGGCAGCCAGAAGAGACCCAGAUGAAGAAGUUGACCAGACACUGGAAAAUGUCCGUCAAGAAGCAAAGCUUUUUGCAAUGCUGCGGCACCCUAACAUUAUGGGUCUGUGUGGAGUUUGCCUGCAAGAGCCUAACCUUUGCCUUGUCAUGGAAUAUGCUCGUGGGGGCUCUCUCAAUCGGGUACUGUCGGGAAAAAGAAUUCCUCCAAAUGUGCUUGUUGACUGGGCUGUACAAAUUGCAAGAGGGAUGCACUACCUACAUUGUGAGGCCAUUGUACCCAUUCUACACCGUGACCUCAAGUCCAGCAACAUCCUGAUCCUGGAAAAAGUGGAGAAUGAGGACCUGGGAAACAAGACCCUCAAGAUUACAGACUUUGGACUGGCACGAGAAUGGCACCGCACUACAAAGAUGAGUGCAGCAGGCACCUAUGCCUGGAUGGCACCUGAGGUCAUUCGUUCAUCCACCUUCUCAAAGGGCAGUGAUGUUUGGAGCUAUGGAGUGUUGCUCUGGGAGUUGCUUACUGGAGAGGUGCCUUUCAGAGGAAUUGAUGGCCUUGCCGUUGCCUAUGGAGUGGCUAUGAACAAACUUGCACUCCCCAUCCCAACAACAUGUCCGGAACCCUUUGCUAGACUAAUGGAGGACUGCUGGAACCCUGACCCUCAUGCCCGACCAUCGUUCACAAGUGUACUGGACCAACUUACUACCAUUGAGGAAUCUGGCUUUUUUGAGAUGCCCUCCGAAUCCUUCCACUCACUUCAGGACGACUGGAAACUGGAAGUCCAAGAGAUGUUUGAGCAGCUCCGAGCAAAAGAGAAGGAGUUGUGCUCAUGGGAGGAGGAGCUAAGCCGUGCUGCAAUGCAGCAGAAAAACCAAGAGGAGGCACUACGAAGAAGAGAGCAAGAGCUGGCUGAGCGUGAGAUUGACAUCUUGGAGAGAGAGCUUAACAUCAUCAUUCAUCAGUUGUAUCAGGAGAAGCCACGGGUUGAGAGGCGCAAGGGUAAAUUCCGCAGGAGCCGACUUAAAAUUCGAGAUGGGAAUCGCAUUAGCUUGCCUUCAGAUUUUCAGCACAAGAUAACAGUGCAAGCAUCCCCAACACUGGACAGAAGAAAAAGUUUAUUAAGUAGUAGCUCGAGUCCUCCAGCUAGUCCUACUAUCAUACCUCGUCUUCGAGCCAUCCAGUUGACUCCAGGUGAUAGCAGCAAGGCCUGGGGACGCAAUGUUGCAUUCCAAGCAGACGGUGACGAGGAAGACAAAAGAUGCCUCAAGAAGAAGAGCAGAAUGUGGGGUCCUGGGUCAGGGCCAGGGCCAGUACCUGUGGGAAACAAGGAAACUGCUGAAGAGUGCCUCAGAGUUCUAAUUGAUGCAAAUAAGCAGUGGUCUACAAGUACUCCGAAUCUGGGAAGAUCACCACACAGCAGUCCUGCUAUUCAGUGUGUGCAAAGUCUCACAGAGAUAGAGAAUAAAGAUGUUUGUUCGAUGAAACCAAUGGAGAACAUAGCCCCUUCACCUACACCUGCUGGUUACUCUUACCUUUGUAUUCCAUUCCAAAGGACUACAGAAGAUGAUGGGUAUGUUGUGGAAGGCAAUGGAGAACAUGCUCCACCUCCUGGAUCUACACCUGGUACUCCUGUCAAUAGUUUAAAAAGAAGUCCUACACAAGCUCGUAGGUCUGAACUUGUAUUUCUUGGUUGUGGAGCACUGUUAGCUGCUGUGGGCCUUGGGUUCAAUCUUUUGGGAAUGAAUAAACAAGGAAAUUACCAGGAAAACAGACACUCAAGAAAGGAAAGCUUUUUUCAUUGCUCUGGACUUCCUCCGACUCGCAAGUUGUUUCGAAAAGACACUUGCCAUCACCCUCCUCCCCAGACUGUGGAUCGACCCUUCCCAUCAUCUCUCACUCUUUUGUCCUUGUCAUCUUUGUCUGACUGUAACUCAACACGUUCUCUUCUGCGCUCUGACAGUGAGGAGCUGCUUGUGUAUCUCCAGCCUAGUGAACUGGAAAAGCCAGAGUCCAAGCCCAUUGCAAAACCCAACCCCCUUGUCAAUACUCAUUUGGAAAGUUUUAAACGUAAUCCUCAUCAGUCUCUCACCCCUACACAUAUCCCCUUGGCUUCAAGUGCCAUUCGGCGUCUUCGACGGACACCUUCAGAUGGGGCCAUCAAGCAAGAAUGUCCAUGUGAUGGAGACAGAAGUAAUGUAAUGAGAGCUUCCAUCCCAAAACCCGACAACAUGGAGAUACCACGGCUGCCUGAUCCAAACUUGGUUUUUCCACCAACCCCCCGUCGUCGUGCACCAUCUUUACAUGACUCUACUCCGGAGCGACCCAAGACCUUGGACUUUCUUUCCCGACCACGUCCAACAGCAGCUUGUCGCCCCCGCCCUGACCCUUGGCAGCUCAUGUCUCCCCGCAGAGGAAAUAGCGAUUCCCCAGCACACAGCUCAAGCACUGGUACUCCUCCAACAGUGGACCAUUGUUGGAGUGGGACAGCUGGCAACAGUGCAGGUAGUGGUGGCAGUGCCCCUGAGGAAAGACCAGGACUAGCCUGUCAGGUAUUACCACCGCCAUCUUCCUGCCAACGUACUCUACUAGACCUGGAUGCAGAGGGUCAGAACAAAGAUGGAACUCUUCCCCUCUGUAUGGCAGAAAACUGCACCCCUAAACCUUCACCUUACUGGCUCAAGGAGGACUUUUGGUCUUAGCAUGUCUUCCCUACUCUCAUUGUAAUGAGCCUCGCACUGGGAAUGCACUUUCUGAAUAUUUAUUCAUAUAUGUCUGUAUGUAUGCAUUUAUUUAUGUGUUUAUCAAAAUUAGUUAGUACUUUCCCUUUUCUUCUUAGGUCCAAAAUAUUGUACAGCUGAGCAGCUGUUGCCAAGUUCAAGCGCAGGAACACACUGCAAGAGCACAGAAAAGUGUUAUAAUUGAAGACAUACAAGCAUAAAGCAAAGUAUCCAGUCAGCAUUUCAAAAUGGCGAUAUUAUCUACCACUACAUUAACUAUUUACAUCCACUUUCCUUUGUAAUCAGAUGCAUGCAAACUGGCUUUGUAGUCUGCUAGUGGCAAAUCAUUUUAACACACUGACAUAAACAAAAAUAUACCAGAGGCCUCUUAGUCAACUGCUGCAAUACAGGUGUAUUGAUAUUCUUAGAUAUUUUAUGUGAACAGUAAUUCUUCAAAGGGGUAGCACAGCUAUCUCACAGGUCCAACUCUUGUACCUAGUUGUUGUCUGUAUGGAGUUUGCAGAUUCUUCACUUGUCUGUGUGGCCUUUCCUCCUUGUGCUCAUAUUUUCCUCCCUCAUGCCCUAAGACAAUGGUUCCCAACCUUAUUACAUCCAAGGACCAGCGUUUCCAACUACAUAUAAAGUAGUGGACAACCAAUUUAUAUGUAAUAUAAUGUCAUAAACCCUUGUUUAUUUUUAUUCAAUAUCACAAGUUGUUAAUUAAUUGUCAGAUGUCAGGAAAAUUGUAAGGUAAUAGUAACGAAAAACAAAUUUUCUGUAUAAUUUUUAGUAGUUGCAUAAAUCCUUGAUUAAAUUCUGUACUGUAUAUGUUUAUGCAAUUCAGUGAUUAGAAUCACAAAACAUUCAAUGAGAGCCUUGAAUUUCUCUUUUGUUCACUAGGUUUCCAAUAUAAAGCUUCAUAGAAGUUAAAGACCUCCCAAAGCUGACUUUUUUUUUUUAAUAGCAUUAAGAGCAGAAAAUGCAACUUUUCUUUACGGUGGUGCCCAUUGCCCCUUUAGCCUCCAUUGUAAAGUAUCAGUAAGGGCAAGAUAUUUUUUUAAAUUUAUAGAAAAUGCUCAACUUUAGAACACAAUUUCUCAUGGCUCAACUUUAGAACACAAUUUCUCAUGGCAAAAGGAUAUAUACCAUGUUUGUGAAGAAAUAACUUUGACUUGAAAAAUACAACCUUAUCCUUUAACCCCUUUACAUUAUCCCUGAGAUAAUUCUUCCACUGCUAGUCGCAUGCACACCAUCAUCUCACCGUCUGUAGUGAACUGCAGGUAGUGAUGGAGGGCAUCACUUCUGUGUGCAAUUGUGUCAUGCCCCAUCAAAAACAUGUCAAGAAAAACUGCUAUAAACUGCAAGGCCAUUUAUUGCAGGAAGGAUCGGAGCCAAUUCACAGCACUUAAUACCAACUUGAUAAUGCAGCUGUGUACCACAGGUUGGGAACCAUUGCCCCAAGACAUGCAAGUUAGUGAACUGACAGUACCAACAUGUGCAGCAGAGUGAUCUGCAUUAGACUGGCAUCCUGACCCAGGAUUUAUUCCUACACUGUACCCAGUUCUGCUGGGAUAGACUUUAGCCAAGUGCAACCCAAAGUGGAUUAAGCAGCAGGUUUGAGAUUUUUCUAUUAAAAAAGUAACGGAUAGCAAGCUUUCUAAAUAACUGUUACCUGUUCACAGGUUAGAUGAUUCUUAAGUCACAUUUUCUCAACUUAGCAGUGUUUGCACUAUAAUAUGGAGAUCAACAUCAAUUGGAUUGUGAAGCUAACUUCAUAAUGUGUGCUUAGCAGAUGCUUACUUGAGUCUUUGAAAACUGAAGUGAGACUAGUUUGCACUUUAUAUCCCAAAGAGCAUUGUUUCAAUUUAAUGAUGGGUCAUUUUAAAAAUCACUGGAAAACUUAUAGAAAAACAUUGUGACUGUAUUUUUUUUUUUUGGUCCACUUUUGUUUUUGAAAUCAUUUGCAUCUAAUACAGCAGCCAGCCUUAUUUCUUUUCUGCUGCUCAUUUAUAAUCAUCAAGCCCAUUCAAUUCCUGUUGUAUAGAUAAGAGUUUUCUGUAACUCGGAACAACUUGUAAUCAACAUGGUUAAAAAGUAGACUAAUCUUAGGGAAUAUAGUGCAUCAUAGUAAAUUAUAACGUGCAGCUUUAUAAGUUAUACCUUUAUAAUUGAGUAGUAUGGUUUAAUAUGCUGAGAAAGUUCAAUGUUGAAAGUAUCUUUUUACUUUAAUGUUCUUUGCAGUGCUGACUGUUGUUCAGUUGGCCAUCCUUUGAAGCACUAACAUUAGCACAGAGCGUCCAGCAAAUGAUGAUAAACUAGAGUAAGCAAAUGUAGUUGAAAAAGAGGCUAUGGUAAGUGUUGAUUUAUUAAAUUAUUUGAUCAAAAAUAUAGAUGCUAUUCUGUAAUUUAACCAAUACUGUGCAUUUGCCAGAUGUUUUAGCAUAGUGUUUACAGUGAAGUGGUUAUGCGAUGGAGCCCGUGGUGAUCUAAAUCUUUUGCCAAAUAAUUUAUUAAUCCAGACUUUUAAAAUGCCUCAAGAAGGUUGUUUCAUUCGUAAAACUAAUGUUUCACUUUGAUUAAAGAAGGCAGGGAUAUCUUCUGGUUUUUGCUGCCAAACACAAAGCUUUAAAAGCAAUUCUAACUAGCCUGAGAGCUUCUUUUUUAGGUGGCUCUUUAGUGAACUUUAGUACAAGUCCACCAAAUUUGUUUUGUUAUUUGUAGAAACUAUUAUAACCAUGGAAUUCCAUAGCAAAUCAAGUCAUAAAAGCAACAGUUUGAGCACAAAUACUUUGUCUCGAUUACCUUUUUCCAUGUAUAGUUCUCUUUGCAGUGGUACAAGGUUAAUAAAAUACAAUAUUGUAAAUGUGAAUUCCUCGAUUUACAGGUUAUAAAUAUCCAUUACCCCUUCCAGCCAUUCAAGUCUGAACUCUGUUUUUUGGUGCACACACAACUUGAACAAAUUUUAAUUUUUCACAGAAAUGUCAGUAAAAGCCAUCUGUAAGCAGGUGAGAAUACAUAUACACGUUUACUUGUUACUUAAAGUGAUUCCUGUUAAUAAAUGAAAUGUUGGUCAUUUAAAAAAGAUGUUGUAUAAAAAAACCUAUGCUUUAAAAAUAUUCCAGUAUUCACUACUUUUAUUUGUAAUAGGUUUAGAAGUGUACAAAUAAAGAAUCAAUCAUUAUGAUGUUAGAUUGAAACCAAGGAAAUCCAAGCAGGCUUGGUUCUAAGGCAAAAUUUUCUUUUGUUAUUCUGAUAUUGGUCAUAUAAUCAUGGUGAGCGUAUUAUAUAAAGAUACAUAGGCUUGAAGGAACUUAAUAAAGUAAUUCCUGAAAAAGUAUGGCUCUGCAGUAUUCUAGUUCUUUUGAAGCCCUUUAUCAU